GAACAGCUGAAGCAGGACCCAGGCCUGGGAGUGGGCUCCACCUGCCCCAGGGGGCCUGAGCAAGGCUGGAGGAGGGGAGGAGGGAGGCCCUGAGGCCUCUGGGCCUGACUUCCGAGUUGGCAGUUGUGGAGGGCUGGCUAAUGAUUAAUGGGAAUGUGCCUGCUGCCUGGGACUCUCACACCUUCCCGUACCUCUGUGUUUCUAGCCGUGCCUGAGAAGCGACACAGCCCUUGGGAGGAACUUCCUGUCACUUGGUGAGGAGUGAUCAGGAUUCUCGGGUGGCCAGACUGAGUCCGUUCCUGUAUUUGUGUGGAGACAGGAUAGCGGCCUGAGGAGGCUGAGGAGCCUUUUGGGAACUGCAAACCUUCUCUGAAGGCCUACAGGGGACGUUUACUGCCUGAGGGUGAGGAGGAUCAUGCAGAGAUGGAGGGCAGCGAGAACGGCGUCCUGGCCAUGCUGGUCAUCCUGGCUGUGCUGACAGCAUCUGGAUCCAGCUAUCAAAUCCUAGAAGGGCCCCAGAAUGCAACAGUGCUGAGGGGCUCAGAGGCUCGCUUCAACUGCACUGUGUCCCCAGGCUGGAAGCUCAUCAUGUGGGCCCUCAAAGGCACGGUGGUCCUGAGCGUCACCCCGCGGGAGCCCAUCAUCACCAACGACCGCUUCACCUCUGCCAGUUAUGACCUGGACGGGAACUUCGUCUCCGAGAUGAUCAUCCACAACGUGCAGCCCAGUGAUUCGGGGCUUGUAAGAUGCAGCCUCCAGAACAGCGACCUGGCUGGAUACGCUUUCCUCUCGGUCGAAGUUAUGGGCACCUUGCACAUCCUCAAUGAUAGCCUUGUAGUUAUUGAGGAUGAACUUUGUAAUGUCACUUGUCAAGCCUCGGGCUGGAUCCCGCCCCCGGAUAUUACCUGGGAGGUCGGUGUCCCCGUGAGCCAUUCCAGCUACUCCUCCUUUCUGGAGCCUGGCGACCUUCCACGUGCAGUGAGUGUCCUGGCUCUCACGCCGCAGGGCAACGGGACGCUGACUUGUGUGGCCGAGCUGAGGAGUCUGCAGGCCAGCAAGUCUGCAACUGUAGCCCUUACUGUGGUUCAGCCUCCACCAGACAGUAUUGAUAAGCCAGGUGCAUCAUUGCCUACCUGGGCCAUAGUUCUGCUUGCAGUGUCACUUUCAUUGCUCUUGAUCCUGAUCAUUGUUCUGAUUAUAAUAUUCUGCUGCUGUUGUGUCUCCGGAAAAGAGAAAAAAGAAUCAAGUUAUCAAAGUGAAAUAAGGAAAUCUGCAAACAUGAAGACAAACACAGGAGCUCUUGAGACAAAGCCAAAAAGCGGAAACGAAAACUAUGCCUACAGCUCAGAUGAACCAAGGAGUGCCCACUCCACUCCUUCCCCUCCUAAGUCCAGUGAACUGAGUGUUCCAGCCCAGCGUGGCAGCAGCCCUCCUCAGCAGGAACCGGAGAGACAUCGGCCCACCCAGGCAAGUCGUCCACAGGUUUCUUUCAACAUCGCCAGUCCUCCGAAGGUCAGGAAUGUAACUUUAGUGUAGUAAGGACUCCGUGGACGACUCGUACCGUGAUGCCAGCGUCACUCUCUGUGCUGAGCCUGGUGACAGCUUGGUCAGCAUUCCUGAUCGGAGUUGCACGUUGGAACUGACGCUGCAGAGCCACAGGGGAAUCACUUUUCCCAAAUUCCAAGUUGAAUUCGACUUCUGAGAUGUGUCAUGGUUUUAGAGAAUUCCUUAAAAGUAAAAUCUGCUCGUUUCUCAUGGUGAUGUUUCUCAUCACCCAACACUCCUGCUUGCUAAUUCAAUAAAUGGUAGAAAAGCCUGUA